GUGAAAGACAUCAAAGUUGAGGUUAAAGAGAAAGAAGAGAUGUUGGUGAGUGGAGAUCAGCAGUCUAUGGAGGAGGGUUGUCCUCUGCAUUCCCAGAAUUCUACACGGGAAGAUGCCAACUAUACAGAUAAUAAUCAGGGUGAAGAAUUGAAAGACAUCAAAGUUGAGGAUAAAGAAGAAGAAGAAGAAGAGAUGUUGGUGAGUGGAGAUCAGCAGUCUAUGGAGGAGGGUUGUCCUCUGCAUUCCCAGAAUUCUACACGGGAAGAUGCCAACUAUACAGAUAAUAAUCAGGGUGAAGAAGUGAAAGACAUCAAAGUUGAGGUUAAAGAGAAAGAAGAGAGGUUGGUGAGUGGAGAUCAGCAGAUUAUGGAGGAGGGUUGUCCUUUGCAUUCCCCGAACUCUACACGGGAAGAUGUUAACUAUACAGAUAAUAAUCAGAAUGAAGAACGGAAAGACAUCCAAGCUGAGAAUAAAGAGGAAGAAGAGAUGUCGAUAAGUGGAGGUCCUCUGUAUUCCCGGGAUUCCACACAGGAAGGUCACACCAUCCCCCACCAUCAUCAGGAUGAAGAAGUGAAAGAUAUCAAAGCUGAGAUUAAAGAGGAAGAAGAAGAGAGGUUGGUGAGUGGAGAUCAGCAGUCUAUGGAGGAGGGGGAGAUGAUUAUGGAAAGUAAACAGGAGGAAUCUUCUCUACAUAUCGACACAACAGAUGGACGGUGUUUCUGGAAUAUAAAUACAUCGGAGGGACAUCUUAUUAUAUCUCCAGAUUGUAAGGCAGAAGAUACCGACAUUCCACAAUAUUCUCCCAAAGUCACCUCUGAUUGGUUGGUUAGAUCAUCAGAUCCUUCCAAUCCUGAGGAACCUUCUGAUAAAUCCCAUACUAUGACAUCAGAUGUCCUUCCAAGUUCUCACAGUGCUGAAAGAUCACCAGAUCCAUCCAAUCCCCAGACAUCUUCUUCAAGCCAUAAGAAGUUUCACACAGGAGAGCGUUCAUUGUCAUGUUCAGAGUGCGGGAAAUCUUUCACUAAAAACAAAAACCUUCUUGCGCACCAGAGAAUUCACACAGGUGAGCGGCCCCAUUCAUGUUCAGAGUGCGGGAAAAGUUUUAGUGAGAAAAGACAACUUGAUGUACACCAGAGAGAUCACACAGGUGAGCAUCCAUUUUCAUGUGCAGAGUGCGGGAAAAAUUUCUCUCACAAAGCUCAGUUUAAGGAACACCAGAGAACUCACACAGGUGAGCGUCCUUAUUCAUGUUCAGAGUGCGGGAAAAGUUUCUCUCACAAAAAUGCCCUUGUUGAACACCAGAGAAUUCACACAGGUGAGCGCCCUUAUUCGUGUUCAGAGUGCGGGAAUUCUUUCAGCAGACAAUUAACACUUUUGAGACACCAGAGUGUUCACACGGGCGUGCGUCCUUAUUCGUGUUCAGAGUGCGGGAAAUCUUUCACCAGACAAAGAACACUUUUGGAACACCAGAAUCUUCACACAGGUGAGCGUCCUUAUUCGUGUUCAGAGUGCGAGACAAGUUUCAUUUACAAAUCAGCCCUAGUUUACCAUCAGAAAAGUCACACGGAUAUACGUCCUCAUUCAUGCUCAGAGUGCGGGAAAUCUUUCGCCACAAAAGGAGUACUUUUUACACACCAGAAACUUCACACAGGAGAAUGCCCUUAUUCAUGUUCGGAGUGCAGGAAAUCUUUCAUCACAAAAGGAGCACUUUUUACACACCAGAAACUUCACACAGGAGAGCGCCCUUAUUCAUGCUCAGAGUGCGGGAAAUCUUUCACUCGGAAAGGAGACCUUGAUCAACACAAUAAAGUUCACACAGGAGAGCGCCCUUAUUCAUGCUCAGAGUGCGGGAAAUCUUUCACUCGGAAAGGAGACCUUGAUCAACACAAUAGAGUUCACACAGGAGAGCGCCCUUAUUCAUGUUCAGAGUGCGGGAAAUCUUUCACCCAAAAAGGAUCACUUUUUCAACACCAGAAACUUCACACAGGAGAACGCCUUUAUUCAUGUACAGAGUGCGGGAAAUCUUUCACCACAAAAGGAGCACUUUUUACACACCAGAAACUUCACACAGGAGAGCGCCCUUAUUCAUGCUCAGAGUGCGGGAAAUCUUUCACUUGGAAAGGACACUUUAAUCAACACAAUAGAGUUCACACAGGAGAGCGCCCUUAUUUGUGCUCAGAGUGCGGGAAAUCUUUCACUCGGAAAGGAGACCUUGAUGAUCACAAUAGAGUUCACACAGGAGAGCGCCCUUAUUCAUGUUCAGAGUGCGGGAAAUCUUUCACCCAAAAAGGAUCACUUUUUAUACACCAGAAACUUCACACAGGAGAACGCCUUUAUUCAUGUACAGAGUGUGGGAAAUCUUUCACCACAAAAGGAGCACUUUUUAUACACCAGAAACUUCACACAGGAGAGCGCCCUUAUUCAUGCUCAGAGUGCGGGAAAUCUUUCACUCGGAAAAGAGACCUUGAUCAACACAAUAGAGUUCACACAGGAGAGCGCCCUUAUUCAUGUUCAGAGUGCGGGAAAUCUUUCACCCAAAAAGGAUCACUUUUUCAACACCAGAAACUUCACACAGGAGAACGCCCUUAUUCAUGUACAGAGUGCAGGAAAUCUUACACCACAAAAGGAGCACUUAAUAAACACCAGAAACUUCACACAGGAGAGCGCCCUUAUUCAUCUUCAAAGUGAGGGAAACCUUUCAAUGCAGAGAAUGACCUUCGUAGAUGUCCUAGAAUUCACACCAGUCAGCGUCCUCAUUUAUGUUCAGCGUGUGGGAAAUGUUUCAAUCGCAAAAUAAACAACUUGUUGAACACCAGAAAAACUUCAUACUACUGAGUGUCCCUUUCCUUGUUGAGAGAGUGCGGCAAAUGUUUCCUUCAAAAAGAAAGACUUAUUAUACACCAGAUAAUACACACAGGUGAACACUCUUAUUCAUGUUCAAUGUGUGGGAAAUGUUUAAUUAGGAAAGAACAUCUCCUUAUACAACAGAAAAUUAUCACAGGUGAGUGCGGGAAAUGCUUCACUUUUUGAAUAUCCGAGAAUUUACACGGGUGAGCAUCCUUAUCCAUGUUUACAGUGCGGCAAAUCCUUCAUUCUUAAAAGAGACCUUGUUAUACACCAGAGAAUUCACACGGGGGAGGGUCUUUAUUCAUGUUCAGAGUGCGGGAAAUCUUUGAGAAAAUGGAACUUGUGAGAAAACAGAGAAAGCACACAGAUGAGCACCCUUACUCAUGUUUAGCGUGCGGUAAAUGUUUCAUUCACAAAGAGGAACUUGUUAGACAACAGAAAAUUCAUACAGGUGAAUACUCUGAUGAUGGGACAUAACAAGGGAAUACAUGUUACCCCCACGAGCCUCAGAUUCUCCUAGGGAGGGGGUCAGAUAGAGACAAGGGGUGUAUAAUGCCCAUCACAGUACAUCGGGGGUAUAA